GGGAUUCAUUUCAUCAGCAAACAAUUCUGGUUGUUGUAACCAUAUGUCUUCAAUUACUACUCAUUUCUCUUCAAUGUCGCCUAAUAAUUCCUUUCCUGAUAUUUAUUCGGCUGAUGGUUCCCCUAUGAAUGACCCACGGACAGGACAACUUCUUGGAACUGGUCACAAGGUGGGGCGUUUGUUUGAGCUCAACUAUCUGCAUAUUCUUUAUAAUAAAAUGGAUACACCAUCAUUUCCAAAUGAUCGAUUCAUCCAAACCCUGCUUUGUGCUAUUGAAUUAGAGUCUUUGCAAAUUCCAUAUCAACAAAUCUUCCAAGUCUGUGCUGCUAUUAACAUUUCUCCUCUCCAUUUGUGGCAUUCACGACUCAGACAUACCUCAGUCGGUAAACUUCGUCCACUUAUCUCUCGUGGUUUAUUAGGAUCAGUUCCGAAUGAAUUUGUGCAUUGUGUGUCAUGUCUAUCUGCAAAGCAGCCAGCUUUAUCUUUUUUGAGUAGUCAUUCUCAUUCUACUGCUCCUUUUGAUCUUGUGCAUUCUGAUGUUUGGGGUCCAUCUCCUACACCCACCAUGGGGGGUUCCAGACACAUCCUUGAUUCUGUUCGUGCUCUCCUCUUUUCAUCUUCUUGUCCAGAGCGAUUUUGGUGUGAGGCUGCUCUUACAAUUGCUUAUCUUAUUAAUCGCAUUCCAUCAUCAGUCCUUAAUAACCAGUCUCCAUAUGAGCGUCUACAUGGUACAUCUGAUGAGCUCUACAAUGCCUCGCCACAUGCCCCAACUAGUUCUUUAGAAGAUGACCUGCUUGCUGGUAAUGUAUUAGAUAAUUUUGAGCCUUCUUCUACUUCCUCAUUUGUAUCACCUGUUGAUUCUACAAAUGAGCUUGUUGUCCCAUCCUCGAGUCAUCCUACUCGAGGAACAUUAUUUCAUGGACUCCAUUUUUCUGCCAACUCCUCCUCUGUGCUUUGUGCUAACUUUGAUGCUGAUUGGGCCGGUGAUCCUUCUGAUCGUAGAUCUACCACUAGUUACUGUCUUUUCCUUGGUAAUUGUCACGCCCCAGAACCCAAAUCCGGGGUCGUGGCAGACGCCGUGCACUCGACAGGAGACUUAAUCCAAGUGCUAGGAUCACAGGGCAAUCAAGGACCUAAUCACAAUAUUCCCAAAUUAAUAUCUAUGAAAAACCGGAGCUUAUACCCAGCAACAGCCGGCGGCAGGGAAAGGGGAAGCAGAGCAGAUCCGGCGGCUUUUCUGCAAGAGAGAGAAGUUUUAGGUUCUAGACUUGUUCUUGGGCAAGAAGGGAACAAAAUCAUCAAGUUCUCUUACCAAUUUUGCAGAUGGGGACGCUGGAAAAUGGCUGGGUUCAUUUCGGCUGCAGAGGAGAAAGGGAACAGAACAGAUGCGAAAAUGGCUGGGAAGAAAGAAGGAAAGAAGAAAAAGAAAAAAAAAAGAAAUGAGUCAGCCGGCCUUAUCCAUUAAGGGUUUUAACCCCUUUAAGAACUUUUUUCAUUGCGGUGGCUUCUUGAAGAUAUGGGCAUUCCUCAACCUUCUUCUACUGAUUUAUAUUGUGAUAAUCAAAGUGCUAUGCAGAUUGCUCAUAAUGAUGUCUUUCAUGAACGCAAUAAACACAUUGAGGUUUAUUGUCACUUUAUUCGCCAUCAUGUUGCACAAGGAACUGUUCAUUUGGUUUUCAUUGGCUCCGCUGAUCAACCAGCAGAUCUCUUUACCAAGGCUCAUUUUCUUGGACGC